UUAAUUGUCUUGUUUUCCCCCCUCUCUCUCUCUCCCUCUCUCCUUCUCUCUCUCCUUCUCUCUUUGCUUUAAAAAAAUCCCAAACCCCGACAAAAGAAAUGAUUCUCUUGGAACUAAAAAUCAAACUUAUAUGAGCAUGUAUCUCACACCACACAAAAAAGAAAAAGUACUGAUCAAGUAGUAGUUUGUUACAACUCAGAUGUCAGGUUUAGGUUAUUCCAGCGUGGCUCUGUCAGAGCACGAGGUGGUGGAGGUUCGGCUCCCACUGGGGGUGGGACGAGGGUGCAAUGAUCCAAUAUAGCAGCUCUUACAUGACUUACGAUAGAUGUUUCCAGAAAAUGACAGACAGGUGAAGAUGGAUGAUAACAGUGCGGAGUGAAACAUGGAGAAUUGAGUGUUGGUGCACGCUUUGGUUACAGGUGUACAUGUGGACAAGACACUAGGCGUUUCGGCUGCAGCCCUCCAAAAUAAAACGCCAAACUGAACAAACGCGCGAUUACAAAAAAAACACGUGCUGUGACUUUAACCUGAAUUUAUCUCGCUGUUUAGAAAAGGUUGGUGGUGUGUUUUCGUGGGAGGAAAACGCACUGAGGAUAUACGCUGGGAGAUGAGGAUUGAUUUGUUUCACCUUACUAGGAAGUGAGUGCUGUGUCCGGGAAGGGGAGGGACUCCGACGACAAGUCUGGGGCGCUGCUGUUGCUACUCACAGGGCUGCACCAUAACAGUGCAGCGAUUUCAAUCCGAAAUAAUCCACUCGGUCUUUGUUAUUUUCGCGUAAGUAACCUAGCGUGACGUUUAACAGCAUAGUGGUUUCAGUUUGGGUGUAAAUGCGCGUUUUGUCCGGUUCUGCCCGAUUCGGCCUGCAAGGCUAAAUGGCACAGCGCAGGCUUAUCACUAACCAUAAACGUCCGUCAAGUUACCCGUGAACUUUGUCACAUUUCGGAGCCAUGACCAGCGUGUUAUUGGCGAGAAACGGCAGGAGAGCGAUAGCGGCGAUCGGCGGGGGGCGCAGAGGCACCGGCGCACUUUCAGGAGUUCAUCGGUCUGCGCAGCGCACCAUCAUAGAUCUGUCCUACUCAGCGCACUUCAUGGAUUUCAAAGGAUCCUCCAUACCGAGCAGCAUGAAAAAGCUGGUCGUAAACAGGCUAAGUCCCAAUUUCAGGGAGGCCGUUUCCAUGCAAACCGUUGCUGUUCCGACACCCGGAGACGCGGAGCUGCUCGUCAGGAAUCGGUAAGUUGUUUUUUUUGAAAGGUUGGCCACGGAUAAUAGUGUGGUCCUGUUUUCUGUUUCUACUCUGCACGUUUUGGAGAAGCGAAACGGGACCUACAGAGUCUAUUUGUGGAUGAAUAUUCGCAGCCUAUCAGUCACAAUAAGGUUGAGAAGUUGUAAAAAGGCUUCCCUUACCUCGGUUUACCCAUGUCCAGCACCUGCGAUCAACAUCAUCAUCACAAGAUGGCAAAAUACGUGAGGAAUAAGCGUUGUACUGUAAUUCCAAGUUCCGCCCUCUCUGCAUUUGUCUAUCAAUCCAUCUCGGCAUCUCUCUCUCUCCCUCUCUCUCUCUCUCCCCCCUCUCUCUCUCUCCCUCUCUCUGUCCUCCUGUCUCUCUACGUCACCAAACUGCAAACAGAAAGUCGUGGGGGGGUUCAGACUGGCAUCAAGAGAUGCAGAUGAUGGAGAAGGAGAUGCAGUGUUUUUACAUGGCGCGGGAACACAGAGAUAUAAUUCCCCCUCAUUCACAGCUGCAGGAAGCCAGCAGCACAUGCACAGAUAAAGAAAAGACAAGGAAAGAAUAAAGCCACCUAAAGUCAGUCUCUUUGAAUCAUUGUCAAAUUAAGAACAGUACAGAGCUGCGUACACGCUCAAAAAGGUGGACAUGGUGUGAAUAAUUCUUUACGCAGCAUUUCUGGCUCAAUUUCUCUGCAAAUGUCUCACCCUGAUUUUGAUUUGCCUGAUGCAUGUCUUCAGAUCUGAUUUAAAUAUUUAGUAAGCCUCACACAAACACACCUCAGGGCAGUAUUGACUAUAGUAAAACCUAAAGACUCGGUCAGAGCAAGUGUAAAACAGUCCAUUAGUGUCUCACUGCUCAGCAGGUGAUCGGCUGCACCUGAACUCUUACCUUUGACCGCUUCUUCGCAAGUAUACAGUCCAGUCCGGGGAGGCGUCACACUCUCUGGAUCAGAGAAAACACGUUAAUAAGAAUAAACGAUUUUGUUUUCUGGGAAAAGUCGUCCAAUAUUGCACAGUAUCAGUGCAAUCCUAAUGGAAUCUAAAAGAUGUUAAAAAGUGUUAAACCCAGAAUGAAGAAGUGAUAAGUGAAAGGAUCCAGACUGCAGCGAGAGAAGCUGAUGGAUUAACAAGGAGGAAAUGAAACUUUAUUUUCUUUGUUAUAAAUGUAUAAAUGUGUGACUCCACUAAAGAGGAUUUUAUUAAUGUAGAGUCAAUCCUGUAAUUUCUCCAAUGCUGAGGCCUGUGUGUGUGUGUGAUAUGAUCUACGUGUAAACUUGAACGAAGCUGAGUAAAUACACUAGCUGCACAUGGAAGACAAAGGUGGCGUUAUUAAGCUUUUCAGGAUUUUCUUAACACUGGACCGUCAUGAACGCUGUUUGCACUGUUGUAUUUUUUUCUUCAGAUAAUAUUUUUAAUAAGUCUGCAUCAAAAUACAAAUUAUUUGCAUAAAUUGAAAUGUGAGGUUUACUCUGACUCCGAACUAAAUGCAUUCAAACCUUUGUUUUAAGGAGCAGCUUUACUAUUGUUAGGUUUAAAAUGCAAACAAGUGUUUUUUUUGUUUUCUUUUACCUUCCUUAAUUUUCAGAUGAAGUUUUUUCAAACCUCAUCUCUUUAAAGAGAUUUCAGCUUAACUGUCAGAUAUCAAAUACUUACAAAACACUGUGUUUUGAGUUUUGCACACCGAAACAGUAACUUUGAUGAGAGCACAAUAUUUCCCCGAGAGGAAACCGAUUCGUCGGAUGCAAAGUAGUCAAAUCAAGGUGUGUUGUUGUAUCAUCCUGACCCAUCUAUAAACCACAGAAGCAUUAUCUCCAAGCUCAAAGUACACGUGUGACAUGCACAGUAAUGAGGCUCAGCAUGCGUGCCGCUCUAACAGACAGUAAAUGAUUUAUUUAUACAUUCCUUUCUCACAUAUUUGUUUCUAACAUGUUACCAAAGUAAGAUGAAAACACCCGUCUUCGUGUUGAGGCAAGAAGCAGCUAUCUGAGAUUUUGAAAGUGCAGUUUUGUUGUGGGUGUCUCUGAAGACAAUGAAUCAUGACAUCAUGCAAUGUGUUUUGUGAUACAAACCUUCCCCUGUCAGUGCAGGACUGUUCUCCUACAGAGAAAGAGGAAUCAUUGCCAAAACAAGCCAGAGUGUUUGUACCCCCGUGCAGACAAGGAAGUCUUGACCUUCAGACGGAAUUCAGGGAAUACUGGCUCAUACUAAUGUCCACAUGAAAGUGUCUGAGAUUUUUAAAAGUGUUUAGCUUUAAAGGAAAUCUUGUAAAUGUAACUUGUUUCCCAGUUUAACCCAGAGUUCUUGUUUUUCUGUUUCAGUUUUGUUGGAAUCAACGCCUCUGACAUCAAUUAUACAUCUGGCCGAUACGACCCUUCAGUGAAGCCCCCCUUUGACGCUGGUUUUGAGGGGAUCGGUGAGGUCGUCGGCCUCGGCCUCAGCGCCAGCUCCCGUUUCACUGUUGGGGACACUGUGGCCUACUUCGCAAACGGUGCAUUUGCUGAGUACACGCUGGUGAAAGCCAAAGAGAGCAUCCCCGUCCCUGCGGUGAAGCCAGAGUUCCUCACCCUGCUGCUCAGCGGGGCCACGGCCUACAUCGCCCUGAAACGUCUGGGUGACCUGGCUGAAGGUGAGACCGUUUUGGUCACAGCCGCUGCAGGUGGAACGGGACAGUUUGCGGUCCAGUUUGCCAAACAUGCUGGCUGCCAUGUGAUUGGUACCUGUUCAUCCAACGAGAAAGCCGGCUUCCUUAAAUCCAUCGGCUGUGAUCGGCCGAUUAACUACAGCUCUGAAGACCUGGCGAAGACACUGAAGAAAGAGUACCCUAAAGGCAUAGACGUGGUGUACGAGUCUGUCGGAGGCAGCGUUUUAGAACUCGCUGUGAAAAGUUUGGCCAACAAAGGUCGGCUGAUCGUGAUCGGCUUCAUCUCGGGGUACCAGAGCGCAUCAGGGUUCCCACCUUUUAAAGGGGACACCCUGCCUAUCAGGCUGCUCCAGAAGUCCGCCAGUGUUCGAGGUUUCUUCCUGCCACACUUCUUCAGCGACUACAGAGAGGCUCUGGGUACUAUGAUGCAGAUGUACGGAAAGGGGAAGCUGCAGUGUGAGGUGGAUUGUGGGGAUUUGUCAGAAGGGGGGAGGUUUGUGGGUUUGGAGUCGGUGUUCAGGGCUGUGGACUACAUGUACGCGGGGAAAAACCUGGGCAAGGUGGUGGUGGAAGUCGCACCCCCCGCUGUUGAUAACAGUAAACUGUGAUUGAAGUGAUUGUUUCUGCUCUAAAACAUGAUUAGACUUGAGCCUGAAUGAUUGUUGGUUGUGGAGGAGAAGAAAUCUGUGGUGCUUUAAUUGUUCUUGAAAUACAGAGAUUAUUUUUUCUUUAUUUUUGUAAGAUGACUGAUCAAAUACUUUACCUUGAUGCCUUCUGAAUAAAAAGAAUUGGCAACUUUAUGUCAGUUUUGGGAACUUUAUGCCACAUGUAAAGGUUGUUUUUGCAGGUGAAAAUUCAAAGAUGAAUUCUCUGCAUCAAAGAUUAUACCUCGGACAAGUAUCUAGUUUAAAAUCAAAGCAGUAGCUUCUGUGAGUUUUCCCUCUUUCGUGUUUUCAUCUCGUGGCCCCCACCUCCAAAUAGUUCCAGACCUGCUGCUAUCACACGCCUUACUUUUUGGCACUCUCAGGCACUUUAUCAACUGUAAAUGUUUUAUGAUAGACCUCAUUGUUUUUCUAAUAGGGGCGUUCACUGGUAUGUGCUUGUCAAAAGUGAGUGCUGCUCCAGGUGUGCUUAGUGUUUCAUUGGCUGUUUGUGGCUGACAGAAACAGCAUUCACACAAUCAAUCUUUUCAUUCACAUGCCCAGAAGCUGCACAUAAUAAAAAAAAAUUAGUCCCGCUAACCGGGAGUUGGACCGGAGAAGGCCAUUACUUUUUUACCACUGCAAGUAGGAAAAACUCUUUAUGGUGAAUGUAUUGUGAAAUGCCCUUUGACGUUUCUUCCAUCUCCAUUUUUUUUUCUUGUUUUUUGUAUUUGAUUUAGUUUUGAAACAACAAACAGAGCAGCUGAUGAAGUUAAGUUAAAUGCAAGAUCAUCCUCAAGAUUUUUGUUGUUCAAAAGAUAACAGGUCUUAACGCAAAAAUCUCACACAUUUGAACUCUGAUUGACUGUUUUCUUUAAAAAGCGAGGAGCAGAACGUCCAUGUCACAUGAAUGUUCUGUAUGUAGUCUAAAGCAAACACCUGUUCCUACCUGGCAGGGAGGGCUGUAGUGUUCAUGCACUGUGAACAUGUUAUUUCCUCAUCCAGGUGGCCACUCAAAAUAUAACCCAGUGUGAAAUACGUUACAGGUGUGACCCCAGCAUGCAAAGCUGCUACCUUCACCAGACGGUGCAGGAAAUCAGAAACACACCAGGCCAAGGCCGUUUUCAAUCUGCAGCGAGGGAAGUCAGGGAGGCAAAGGAAACUCUUUGACAUUUAGUGAAAUUGAUUAUGAGUUUUUGCUCCUCGGUUGUAAUUAAAAUGAAUUUGCUGUGAAGAGAAAUGGUUUCAUGAAAGGAAACCGUCAAGAGUAAUCUUAAAAGAGAAGGAAAUUUUACGUUUUUAAAUCAUAACCCUGACACAAAAGAAAAAAAACAAACAAACAAAUGCUUAAACUAUCAUACAAUUGUCUCUCUUUUGCACAUUUUUAAUUGCACUAGCCUGUUUAAUUAUUUUUAUCUUUUAUUUUGAAAAUCAAAUGUUUUCUUAAGCAUGUCUUUCCUUGUCUUUAGCUUUGUUUUUACGACUAAAAUUUGACUUGCUCUUUUAUUCUUUUUUGACAAUGGCUGUUUGCACAACCUUUAACCUUUGACCUUUAAAUUAAUGUAAUUUAAGAAGAAACACAUCAGGUUUAGCUUACCAGCAUUAACUGAAUGACUGUAUUCAUCGCUGCACCGUCACUGUUUGUUAAGGCCUCAUGAUGCAAAAGCAAGCUCUGACAUGUCGGCCUUAUUCACGGUGAGAAGUGUGAUGAUGCUGCUCAUGUAUGUUCAGUUGAAUUUAGCAUGCUCGAGUUCUGUUUGCAUCUGUGUUGCACAGCGAGGAGGAGGAGGAAGAGGAGGAAAAAGGAGGAGGAGGCCAGCUUUAGCAUCUCUUCAAUUAACAGGAGAGGCCUCGUCUGGGCGUCCUCCAGGGUCUACCUGUACCUCCGCUGAUUAGUGAGCAGUCACAGCCCCAAUUAGAGAACACAGGAACCUGGAGAGACAACACUCUUUAUUUAAUUGGAUUGUGUUGCAGUCGGAGGCUGCUAACUGGCAACGUAUUGAAGCAACCUGAAAACUGUGGAGCGUAAACAAGACAUUAAAGAUAGAGACGGUCUUCUGAAGCACUCGCAGACUUCUGUGUGAUGGUGAAACUUUGGAAACAUUACUUCCUGAGAGGAAAUAUGCAAAGUGUUUCUUUCAUUUUUAGAGGUUCUUCUUCUUCUUCUCAGAGAGGGUCAUUAAUAUGCCAGUUUAAUUCAGACAGUUAGGCAGAAAUAAUGGAGGGUAAACAAAGCUUAUCGUUGUGACCUUAAUGCAAAUGUGAAUGACUUCUACUUAAAACACUCUCCCUUUGCAGCAGGUAUUAUCUAAUAUAUGCAAAGCAUAAAGAAAUUUGUGAAUGUGUUUUUGUUUGAAUAUGAUCAAAUAAAACGUUAAGCCUUGUUAAUUUUUUUUUGUUCUUGUAGUUUUAUCAUUAUCAAUAAAUCAUUGCUUUAA